GACCGGUUGGACCGGGAACCGGUCCAAUCAGUACCCAAAGAAACAUUUUCAAAACAUUCUCCAGAAAGAAAAAAAACAUUUUCAAAACAAUCGAAAUAGAACUCUCACUCUCUCCGCCGCCAUCAUCUCCGCCUCCAACUCUCACUCUCUCAGGUUGAAGAUUGAAGGCAAUAUGGCAUUAUGGUUGCAGUUGCAGAGAGUCAUAAGAAACGGAAGUUUUAAUUUCAUUUCCACACUCCCGCAUUCUAGAUCCUUCUCCAAAUCCACACCCUACGUUGUCAAGGUUGGAAUACCAGAAUUUCUAAAUGGAAUUGGAAAAGGAGUUGAAUCUCAUGUCGCUAAGCUCGAUUCUGAAAUUGGUGACUUCCAAAAGCUUCUCGUUACUCGAACCCUCAAACUCAAGAAACUUGGUAUUCCUUGCAAACAUAGGAAGCUAAUAUUGAAACAUGCACACAAGUACAGGCUGGGAUUAUGGAGGCCACGUGCUGAGCCGAUCAAAGCAUGAUUAGUUUCUAUUUAAUAAGUAGCAACAAGAUUUUGCAAAAGUGAAUUGGUUUAUGUCAAAGAGGAUGGAGUAGAGAGCCUACUCCUUACCCUUAUGUUUAUGUCUUGGUUAGAUUAGUCCCUUGGACCGGUUUAUACUUCAACAUGGGAUAAAGCUCUGAUAUAGUGACAUCUGGGUUGAGUUAUAAAUAUAUUACUUUAUUUGUAAUUUAUUUCAAAGAGUUUAUGUCAUAUUUUCAGAAAAUAUUUUAUGGCCAUUAGUUAGCCUAAUUCAUUUCAUUUGAUUUUAUCUUAUGAAGCUUAUUGUAUAAACAUCAUAGCGUAAUAAAAACCUCAAAUUGGCAGCAAAUUAAACUUGGGAAUUGUGGUUGGUU